CUUUCAUUCGUAUCUGAGUGUAAUAACAUGUGCGCAGGCGGAGAGAGUCUGUUCUCUUUCUAACCGGGGUACGUAUAAAACGUUGGACGGUAGCUAUUGUUGCCUGCUGAACGAAGGCGAACCAAGGUGGAGGCUAAGCGGGUAAAAUAACAUAUUUAGGACGGAUUUCUUACGGACGCAGUACAUUUGUACUGUACGACUUGGAUUUGUCUACUGACCUUGAGUCUGGACAUGGCGACUGAGGUGGUUACCAAUAUUGAGGAUGAGGCUUACGAGCCGCAGACCUACGAUGAGGCUUUUCCUGCUCUUCUCUCAGACAAGAAUGACUUGCCAGCUACCAAUGCCUCCCAUGGAGAGAAUAAAUUCGCACGACGCUGUACCAAAACAACACAGAUUUUCACCGUUCCUCUUGAAGAGAGGCGUUUUAAAGAGAUCAAUGAACACAGUUUUGGAGAGGAAGGUGAACAGGCCAAGAUCUGCCGUGAAAUUAUGCAAAAAACUGGUGUAUCCAUUGAGAUGAGUUUGGCUAAAGAUCAAAGUUUGACUGUUGUCAUCAGUGGAAAACCUGAUGAUGUCAUGAAAGCCCGUCGUGAAGUAGUUUCGGAACUGCAAACACAGGCAAGUUAUACAAUUAAAAUUCCUAAAGAACACCAUCGAUUUAUUUUGGGGAAAAAUGGAAAGAAAUUGCAGGAACUUGAGCUGAACACUGCCACAAAGAUUAUAAUCCCUCGCGCUGAUAACACAGACAUCAUUCGUAUUGUUGGCACAAAAGAAGGUGUCGAGAAAGCCCGCCAUGAAAUACAGUGCACUUCAGACGAACAGGCUAAACUGGCUUUUGAACGUAUACCUGUUCCAAAGAUCUAUCACCCUUUCAUUUGUGGACCUCACAACAACAACAUCAAAUCUCUCAUGGAAUCUACAAACGUCCGCAUUAACGUGCCACCACCGAGUGUAAUGAAAGACGAGAUUGUGGUUUCUGGAGAGAAGGAAGGUGUGAUGAAGGCAAAAACCUUCAUCCUGAAGACUUUGGAAGAGAAGAAAAAGAAGUGUCAGCCUGUGUCCGUCGAAGUGCGCAAGUGCCAACACAAAUAUGUGAUUGGUCAGAAGAGAGCUAAUAUCCAGGAGAUUCUGGAAGCAACAGGUGUAUCUGUUGAGGUACCAAGUUUGGAAAGUCCCUCAGGAACUAUUACACUUCGUGGAGAAGAGGAUAAGCUGGGCCCAGCCCUUACUAUGGUAUACUCCAAGGCAAACAGUGUGAUUGUGGAAGAAGUGAAGGCCCCAGCCUGGCUUCACAGGUUCAUUAUUGGCAAACAGGGUUCCAAUAUUAAGAAAAUCACGCAAAACACUCCAAAGGUUCACAUUGAAUUCACUGAAGGGCAGGACAAAAUCAACAUUGAAGGACCCCCUGAUGAAGUUGAAGAGUGUGUCCAGAAACUGUCUGAGUGUAUUGAGGAUUUGAGGAAAAGAAUGGCUUUUGCUGAGAUUGAAAUUGAUCAGCGCUUUCACAAACAUAUCAUUGGGAAGAAUGGUGCAAAUAUUUCUAGAAUCAAAAACGAGACUGGUGUGGCUAUUCAGAUUCCAUCAGACAGUGACAACAGUAACAUUAUUAGGAUUGAGGGAGAUCCAAACGGUGUACAAAGAGCCAAGCAAGAACUCUUAGAAAUGGCUCAGAGAAUGGAGAAUGAAAAAAGCAGAGAUAUAAUAAUUGAACAGCGCUUCCACAAAACCAUUAUCGGAGCUCGGGGUGAGAAGAUCCGGGAAAUCAGGGAUAAAUUUAAUCAAGUCCAGAUCAGCUUCCCCGAUGCUGGAAAGAAGAGUGAUGUGGUUACUCUGCGUGGUCCAAAGAACGAUGUCGACAAAGCAUACCAACACCUCAGUCAAUACCAACAAGAACUGGUCACCAACAAUUAUCAAGCCCAGGUUCAAAUAUUCAAGGAAUUCCAUAAAAACAUAAUCGGUAAAGGUGGAGCCACAAUUAAAAAGAUUCGUGAUGAGACUGACACUCGGAUCGAGUUACCUCAUGAGAAUAUGAAUUCUGAUAUGAUCAUUAUCACUGGCAAGAAGGCCAAUGUGGAACUGGCCAAGAAGAAGAUCGAAGCAAUCCAGAAGGAUUUGGCUAACAUUAAAGAGAUCACUGUUGAAAUUCCAUCAAAGUUCCACAAUUCCAUUAUUGGUGCCAAAGGCCGUUUGAUUCGCGCUAUUUUAGAUGACUGCAGUGGUGUACAUAUCCGCUUCCCACCUGAAGGAAGUGCCUGUGAUAAAGUCGUGAUUCGAGGACCACCAGAAGAUGCAGAAAAUGCUUGCAAACAGCUGCGAGAACUGACAAGUGAAAAGCAAUUGUCCAGCUAUACAGCAACCAUUCGAGCAAAACCAGCUUACCAUAAAUUUCUCAUUGGCACCGGAGGUAGUAAAAUUAAGAAGGUUCGUGAAAAAACUGGUGCUAGAGUGAUUUUCCCCAAUGAACAUGACAGUGAUCCUGAACUUAUCUCAGUCAUUGGCAAAAAGGAAGCUGUGGAACAAGCCAAAGAGGAAUUAGAAAAUCUAAUCAAAAAUUUGGAUGCACAAGUUGUUGUCGAAUGUGUGAUUGCACAGAAAUACCAUCGUACCGUCAUGGGUGCCAGGGGGCAGAAGGUGCAAGAAAUAACCCGUCAAUUUGAUGUUGGAAUUAAAUUUCCAGAUCGUCCGGUUAAUGGAGAGCGUGUCACAAUUACCCCUCCUGAAGACGAUGCAUCUACUGCUAUCCCGAAUGGAGAUGUGAUUCCAAAUGUGGAAUCGUCUCUGGAAUCUGGCACUAACAAGACCGACGUAAUUCUCAUCACUGGCAAACCAGAAAACUGUGAAGAAGCUAAAAAGGCAUUACUGGCUCUGGUCCCCAUCACCUUGGAAGUGGAAGUACCAUUUGAAUUCCACCGUUUCAUCAUUGGUCAAAAGGGUAAAGAUGUGCGCAAGAUGAUGGAGGAUCAUGAAGUCAGCAUCACUGUGCCACCACCUGAAGAAAAAAGCAACAUUAUUAAAGUGACAGGACCUCCAAACAAUGUCCAAGGGGCUAAACAGGCUCUGGAAGAGAGGUGCACGGCUUUGGAGAGUGAGAAACAGGACAGACUGUUGCGUAGUUAUAAACUGGAGGUUGAGGUGGACUCUCAGUACCACCCAAAGAUUAUCGGCAGAAAGGGAGCUGUUAUCUCCAAGAUUCGUUCAGAUCAUGAUGUUAACAUCCAGUUCCCUGAACGAAACGAAGUUCAGAACGUCAUCACCAUCACAGGAUAUGAGAACAAUGCCAACUUGGCGAAGAAGGCUAUUCUUGAAAUUGUCCAUGAGUUGGAGGAUAUGUCAAGCAUCAACGUGAAAAUUGACCCUCGUGUCCAUCCACGUAUAAUUGGUACGAAAGGACGCAACGUGCGACGCCUGAUGGACGAGUAUAAGGUGGACAUCAAGUUCCCACGCCCAGACUCAGAUGAGCCAGACGUGAUUACCAUCACCGGCGCUGAAGAGAACUGUCUUGAUUGCCGAGAAUAUCUUAUGGCUUUUGAAGAAGAAUAUCUCCAAGAUAUCAUUGACCAAGAGUAUCUGAAGGAACUCCACGAAACACCCAGCCGACCCGAUGUUAAUGGGGCACCAAAAGAAUCAAAAGGUUUCUUUGUGAAAGAUGCCCCAUGGGACAAAGUCCCUGACACCAACAGUACUGAUGAGUUCCCAUCCUUCGGAACUGUCGUGCCUCUGCCAAAACCAUCCCAGGCUUGGGGGCCGCUCAAGCGAAAAUAAACUAAAUCUUUCUGUUUUCA